AUGGAACCACUACCCCAGAAAGAGACACCAACACUACAACCUCAUGCGCCUACUGUGAGGGUUGCUGCGAAAGCUCUAGCCGAUCAGAAUAUCCCGGCGGUGGAGUACGGGCAGCAGAUACAGUGGCGUUUUGGAGACCCUGUGGUUCUUCUCCUUGUUGAAUGGGCAGUCCCCGAUGCACUGCUCUCACUUUCAUCGCAAAUUCUAUCAGACCAUGGAUUUCUCUGUGUUACCCCAUCCACAAGGGUCACUGACAGAUUCGGACAAUGGGAGCGAGCUGGCAUCAUUCACAAGCUAGAUGAGAGCAGUCCAGUAUACCUCUAUCCACUGUCAUUGGUCGGUCUUACGCUCCAAGACACUGUCGAAGUCACAUCUACCUUUGAUUGCAUACCAAGGAUCUUGACGCCUAAGCCUCAAAUAUAUAUGGUAUCGUUGAUCCGUCACCUCCUAAAUCACCGGAUUGGAGAUAGCAUCAGGCUUCGAGUAAAGGAUGAUCUACUCUCUUUUAUAUCCUUUUAUAUUUUGCGCGACAAGCCGCUAAACACCAAAGAGGUGGAAUACAACGAUAACGAGAGCGAAGAAUAUUUUCAGAAAAGAGUGGGAGAUGCAGUGAAGGAGAUGAAACUUGGGAUUGGGGCGCUGAUGGAAAAGAUUACCUGCGUAUUGCUGAAUCUGUCGUUCGCGACUGUCAAUGUAUUGAGCAGCUAUACAGUUGUUGAUGAGCGCAAAAUACUCCGCUUCUAA